GAUCCCGGUCUCGGUUGCCGGACCCGCCUUCUCUCGGUCUCCCCUUUCCGACCUACGCCUUUGGCUUCUCCACUUUCGCGUUUCCGCCGGCCCCGCUCACCCGCUGGCCGCCUCCUGACAAGCGGGAGGGUUACGGUGUGGACCCAGGGAAGCCGAGGCGCCAGGCUGCCACCCUCUCUCCCCACUCGCCUGCGCUCGGCGCUCUCGGCCUCACACGUUUUUAAGUGGGCUUGUGCCAAGGUUGUCUUCCAUCCUGCACAUACAAAUGGAGGGAAAGAGAAAGAUGCCCACACACCUACGUGUAUAGAUUGCACUUAUACAGCAAAACAAAUAAAUGGAAAAUGUCCCAAUCUGAUUGACUACCAGAUUACAUUAAAGGAAAGAGAUGCUGGUUGCAAGUUUUGGAAAACCCUAUUUUUUUAUGGAACUGUGUUCUGUAAAAGUUUUGUAAGAUCCCUUGGCAAUAACACACUUGUGAUGGACCCUAGGAAUACUGCUAUGUUAGGAUUGGGUUCUGAUUCCGAAGGAUUUUCAAGAAAGAGUCCUUCUACCAUCAAUCCUGGCACUCUGGCCAGCAAGAGAGAAGUAGAAGUAGAGGGUAACACAGAAGAAGAGGAUCCUCGCAAGCGGAAUCGUGAAAGAGGCAUAGAAGCAGGAAAAGAGGAUGGUUUGACAGAUGCACAGCAACAGUUUUCAGUAAAAGAAACAAACUUUUCAGAGGGAAAUUUAAAAUUGAAAAUUGGCCUUCAGGCUAAAAGAACUAAAAAGCCUCCAAAGAACUUGGAGAACUAUGUAUGUCGACCUGCCAUAAAAACAACCGUCAAGCACUCAAGGAAAGCACUUAAAAGUGGGAAGAUGACAGAUGAGAAGAAUGAACACUGCCCUUCAAAAUGGGACUCUUCAAAAUUGUUCAAGAAAGCAGGUGAUGCUACAGCCGUCGAAUGCCAAUCUGAAGAAAGCAUCCAUCUUCAUUCACAGGGGGAAAAUAAUCCUUUGUCUAAGAAGCUUUCUCCAGUACAUUCACAAAUGGCAGAUUAUAUUACUGCAGCACCAUCUCUUGUUGGCAGUCGGGAUCCUGAUAUAAAGGACAGAGCAUUACUUAAUGGAGGAACUAGUGUCACAGAAAAGUUGGCACAGCUCAUUGCUACCUGUCCUCCUUCCAAGUCUUCCAAGGCAAAACAGAAGAAGUUAGGAACUGGCACUACAGUCGGAUUGGUUAGCAAGGACUUGAUCAGGAAACCAGGUGUUGGCUCUAUAGCUGGAAUAAUUCAUAAAGACUUAAUUAAAAAGCCAGCUCUUAGCACAGCAGUUGGGUUGGUAACUAAAGAUCCAGGGAAAAAGCCUAUGUUCAAUGCAGCAGUAGGCCUGAUCAAUAAGGACUCUGUGAAAAAAUUGGGAACUGGCACUACAGCGGUAUUCAUUAAUAAAGACUUAGGCAAAAAGCCAGGGACUAUCACUACAGUAGGACUGCUGAGCAAAGAUUCAGGAAAGAAGCUAGGAAUUGGUAUUGUUCCAGGUUUAGUGAAUAAAGAGUCUGGCAAGAAAUUAGGACUUGGCACUGUAGUUGGACUGGUUAAUAAAGAGUUGGGAAAGAAAUUGAGUUCUACAGUUGGCCUAGUGGCCAAGGAUGUUACGAAGAAGAUUGUAGCAAGCUCAGCAAUGGGAUUGGUUAAUAAGGACAUUGGAAAGAAAUUAUUAAGUUGUCCUAUGGCAGGACAACUGGGCAGUAAAGAUGCCUUAAACCUUAAAUCUGAAGCACUGCUCCCCACUCAGGAACAACUUAAGGCUUCCUGUAGUGCAAACAUAAGUAAUCAUGAAAGUCAAGAACUUCCUGAGUCUCUGAAAGACAGUGCUACCAGCAAAACCUUUGAGAAGAGUGUUAUGCGGCAUAGUAAAGAGACCAUGUUGGAAAAAUUUUCAGUCCGAAAAGAAAUUACUAAUUUGGAAAAAGAAAUGUUUAAUGAAGGAACAUGCAUUCAGCAAGAUAAUUUCUCAUCUAGUGAAAGGGGAGCCUUUGAAACCUCGAAGCAUGAAAAGCAGCCUCCUGUGUAUUGCACUUCUCCUGACUUUCAAAUAGGAGGUGCCUCUGAUGCGUCUGCAGCUAAAUCUCCCUUCAGUGCAGUAGGAGAAAGCAACCUUCCUUCCUCGUCACCUACUGUAUCUAUCAAUCCUUUAACCAGAAGUCCCCCUGAAACUUCUUCACACUUGGUUCCAAACCCGUUACUUUUAAAUUCUACAGCAGAACAAAUGGAAGAGAUUUCUGAAUCUAUUGGAAAGAACCAGUUUACUGCUGAAAGUACCCACUUGAAUGUUGGUCAUAGGUCAUUAGGUCAUAGCAUUAGUAUUGAGUGUAAGGGAAUUGAUAAAGAACUAAAUGAAUCAAAAAACACACAUCUAGAUAUUCCUAGAAUAAGUUCUUCCUUGGGAAAAAAGUCAAGUUUGGCUUCUGACUCUGGUAUCCAUACAAUUACUCCUUCAGUUGUUAAUUUUACUAGUUUAUUUAGUAACAAACCUUUUUUAAAGCUUGGUGCAGUAACUGCACCAGACAAACACUGCCAGGUUGCUGAAAGCCUAAGCACUAGUUUCCAGUCCAAACCAUUAAAAAAAAGAAAAGGAAGAAAACCUCGGUGGACUAAAGUGGUGGCAAGAAGCACAUGCCGCUCUCCAAAAGGACUAGACUUAGAAAGAUCAGAGCUUUUUAAAAAUGUUUCAUGUAGCUCACUAUCAAAUAGUUCUGAGCCAGCCAAGUUUAUGAAAACUAUCGGAGCAUCAUCAUUUGUGGAUCAUGACUUCCUUAAACGUCGAUUGCCAAAGUUGAGUAAGUCUUCAACUCCAUCUCUUGCUCUUUUAACCGACAGCGAGAAACCAUCUCAUAAGUCUUUUAUUACUCACAAACUGUCCUCCAGUAUGUGUGUCACUAGUGAUCUUUUGUCGGAUAUUUAUAAGCCCAAAAGAGGAAGACCUAAAUCCAAGGAAAUGCCUCAGCUAGAAGGUCCACCUAAAAGGACUUUAAAAAUACCCGCCUCUAAAGUUUUUUCUUUACAGUCUAAAGAAGAACAAGAACCCCCAAUUUUACAACCAGAAAUUGAAAUUCCAUCCUUCAAACAAAGUUUGUCUGUAUCUCCUUUUCCAAAAAAGAGAGGCAGGCCUAAGAGGCAGAUGAGGUCUCCAGUGAAGAUGAAGCCCCCUGUACUGUCAGUGGCUCCAUUUGUUGCCACCGAAAGUCCAAGUAAGCUAGAGUCUGAAAGUGAGAACCAUAGAAGUAGCAGUGAUUUCUUUGAGAGUGAGGACCAGCUUCAGGAUACAGAUGACUUAGAUGACAGUCACAGGCAAAGUGUCUGUAGUAUGAGUGACCUUGAGAUGGAACCAGAUAAAAAAAUUAGCAAGCGAAACAAUGGACAAUUAAUGAAAACAAUUAUCCGCAAAAUAAAUAAAAUGAAGACGUUAAAGAGAAAAAAACUGUUGAAUCAGAUUCUUUCAAGUUCUGUAGAAUCAAGUAAUAAAGGAAAAGUACAGUCCAAACUUCAUAAUACAGUAUCAAGUCUUGCUGCCACAUUUGGCUCUAAAUUGGGGCAACAAAUAAAUGUCAGCAAGAAAGGAACCAUUUACAUAGGGAAGAGAAGGGGGCGAAAACCAAAAACUGUUUUAAAUGGCCUUCUUUCUGGUAGCCCUGCCAGCCUUGCUGUGCUUGAACAAACAGCUCAGCAUGCAGCUGGGUCAGCAUUAGGACAGAUCCUCCCCCCUUUACUGCCUUCACCUGCUAGUAGCUCUGAGAUCCUUCCAUCACCUAUUUGCUCUCAGUCUUCUGGGACUAGUGGCGGUCAGAGCCCUGUUAGUAGUGACGCAGGUUUUGUUGAACCUAGUUCAGUGCCAUAUUUGCAUGUGCACUCAAGACAGGGCAGUAUGAUUCAGACUCUUGCAAUGAAGAAGGCUUCCAAGGGCAGGAGGCGGCUCUCUCCUCCUACUUUGUUGCCAAAUUCUCCUUCUCAUUUGAGUGAACUCACAUCCCUGAAAGAAGCCACUCCUUCCCCAGUUAGUGAGUCUCAUAGUGACGAGACCAUUCCCAGUGACAGUGGCAUUGGGACAGAUAAUAAUAGCACAUCAGACAGGGCAGAGAAGUUUUGUGGACAGAAAAAGAGGAGACAUUCUUUUGAGCACAUUUCUCUGAUUCCCCCUGAAACUUCUACCGUCCUAAACAGUCUUAAAGAAAAACACAAACACAAGUGUAAGCGCAGGAGUCACGAUUACCUCAGCUACGACAAGAUGAAAAGACAGAAGCGGAAACGGAAAAAGAAAUAUCCCCAGCUUCGAAAUAGGCAGGAUCCAGACUUCAUCGCAGAGCUAGAGGAGCUAAUAAGUCGGCUAAGUGAAAUUCGGAUCACCCAUCGAAGCCAUCAUUUUAUUCCCCGAGACCUCUUGCCAACUAUUUUUCGAAUCAACUUUAAUAGUUUCUAUACACAUCCUUCUUUUCCAUUAGACCCUUUGCACUACAUUCGGAAGCCCGACUUAAAAAAGAAAAGAGGGAGGCCCCCUAAGAUGAGGGAGGCAAUGGCAGAAAUGCCUUUUAUGCACAGCCUUAGUUUUCCUUUAUCUAGUACUGGAUUUUAUCCUUCUUAUGGCAUGCCUUACUCUCCUUCACCCCUUACAGCUGCUCCAAUAGGAUUAGGGUAUUAUGGAAGGUAUCCCCCCACUCUUUACCCACCACCUCCAUCUCCUUCAUUCACCACUCCACUGCCACCCCCCUCCUAUAUGCAUGCUGGUCAUUUAUUGCUCAAUCCUACCAAAUAUCAUAAGAAAAAGCAUAAGCUCCUUAGACAGGAGGCUUUUCUUACAACCAGCAGGACUCCUCUCCUUUCCAUGAGCACCUACCCCAGCGUACCUCCUGAGAUGGCUUAUGGUUGGAUGGUGGAGCACAAACACAGACACCGUCACAAACACAGAGAGCACCGUUCUGAACAGCCCCAAGUUUCCAUGGAUAGUGGCUCUUCCAGAUCGGUCUUGGAGUCUUUGAAACGUUACCGAUUUGGUAAGGAUGCUGUUGGAGAUCGAUAUAAGCAUAAGGAAAAGCACAGGUGUCACAUGUCCUGCCCUCAUCUCUCUCCUUCAAAAAGCUUAAUAAACAGAGAAGAACAGUGGGUUUCUCGAGAGCCUUCAGAAUCAAGUUCUUUAGCCUUGGGAUUGCAAACACCUUUACAGAUUGACUGCUCGGAAAGUUCCCCAAGUUUGUCCCUUGGAGGAUUUACUCCCAAUUCUGAGCCAGCCAGCAGUGAUGAACAUAUGAACCUUUUUACAAGUGCAAUAGGCAGCUGCAGAGUUUCAAACCCUAACUCCAGUUGCCGGAAGAAAUUAACUGACAGCCCUGGACUCUUUCCUAUACAAGAUACUGCACUAAAUCGGGCUCACAGAAAGGAACCAUUGCCUUCCAGUGAAAGGGCAAUACAGUCGUUGGCAGGUUCCCAGUCAGCUUCCGAUAAACCUUCCCAGCGAUCAUCAGAAAGCACAAAUUGUAGCCCUACCCGUAAAAGGUCUUCAUCUGAGAGUACUUCUUCAACAGUGAAUGGAAUUCCUUCCAGAAGUCCCAGAUUGGUUGCUUCUAUGGAUGAUUCUGUAGACAGUCUGUUGCAGCGGAUAGUACAACACGAUGAGCAAGAGUCUGUGGAGAAAAAUGGUGAUGCUUCCAUUACAACUGUGUCUGCACCACCUUCUUCCAGUCCAGGCCAUAGCUACAGCAAGGAGCGAACCCUAGGUAAAUCAGACAGCCUUCUAGUGCCUGCAGUCCCAAGUGACUCUUGUAAUAAUGUCCCACUUCUUUCUGAAAAGUUAGCAAGUAGGUGUUCCCCUCAUCAUAUCAAGAGAAGUGUAGUUGAAGCUAUGCAGCGCCAAGCUCGGAAAAUGUGCAAUUAUGACAAAAUCUUGGCCACCAAGAAAAACCUGGACCAUGUUAAUAAAAUUUUAAAAGCCAAAAAACUUCAAAGGCAGGCCAGGACAGGAAACAAUUUUGUGAAACGCAGACCAGGUCGACCUCGGAAAUGUCCCCUCCAAGCAGUGGUAUCAAUGCAAGCAUUCCAGGCUGCCCAGUUUGUCAACCCAGAAUUGAAUGAAGGCGAAGAAGUGUCCCUGCAUCUAAGUCCAGACACAGUUACCGAUGUGAUCGAGGCUGUGGUUCAGAGUGUGAACCUUAAUUCAGAACAUAAGAAGGGGUUGAAGAGGAAAAAUUGGCUGUUAGAAGAACAGACUAGGAAAAAGCAGAAGACAGUACCAGAGGAAGAAGAACAAGAAAACAAUAAAAGCUUUAUAGAAACACCAAUUGAAGUUCCUAGUCCUCUUGAGACCCUGGCUGAACCUUCUGAACCGGAAAGUACCUUGCAACCUGUGCUGGCUCUCAUCCCACGAGAAAAGAAAGCCCCACGUCCUCCAAAGAAGAAAUACCAGAGAGCUGGACUGUACUCUGACGUUUACAAAACCACAGACCCAAAGAGCCGAUUAAUCCAAUUAAAGAAAGAAAAGUUGGAGUACACUCCAGGAGAGCACGAGUAUGGCUUAUUCCCAGCACCCAUUCACGUUGGAAAGUAUCUCAGACAGAAGAGAAUUGACUUCCAGCUUCCCUACGACAUCCUCUGGCAGUGGAAACACAAUCAGCUAUACAAAAAGCCAGAUGUCCCCCUGUAUAAAAAAAUCCGUUCAAAUGUCUACGUUGAUGUCAAACCUCUUUCUGGUUAUGAGGCUACCACCUGUAAUUGUAAGAAGCCAGAUGACAACACCAGGAAGGGCUGUGGGGAUGACUGCCUCAAUAGGAUGAUCUUUGCUGAGUGUUCCCCUAACACUUGCCCCUGUGGUGAGCAGUGCUGUAACCAGAGGAUACAGAGACAUGAGUGGGUGCAGUGUCUGGAACGAUUUCGAGCUGAGGAAAAAGGUUGGGGAAUUAGAACCAAAGAACCCCUAAAAGCUGGCCAGUUCAUCAUUGAAUACCUAGGGGAAGUUGUCAGCGAACAAGAAUUCAGGAAUAGGAUGAUUGAACAGUAUCAUAAUCACAGUGACCACUACUGUUUAAAUCUGGAUAGCGGAAUGGUGAUUGACAGUUACCGCAUGGGAAAUGAGGCCAGAUUCAUCAACCAUAGCUGUGACCCAAAUUGUGAAAUGCAGAAAUGGUCCGUUAAUGGAGUGUACCGUAUUGGACUGUAUGCACUUAAGGAUGUGCCAGCUGGGACAGAGCUCACCUAUGAUUACAACUUUCAUUCCUUCAAUGUAGAAAAACAGCAACUUUGUAAAUGUGGUUUUGAGAAGUGUCGAGGAAUCAUUGGAGGUAAAAGUCAACGGGUGAAUGGACUCCCUAGCCAUAAAGGCAGCCAGCCUUCAAGCACACAUAGAAAGUCUGCACGGUCGAAAGAGAAACGGAAGUCCAAGCACAAGCUGAAGAAAAGGAGAGGCCAUCCCUCUGAAGAGCCCAGUGAAAACAUCAACACCCCAACUAGAUUAACUCCACAGUUACAGAUGAAGCCAAUGUCCAAUAGAGAGAGGAACUUUGUGCUAAAGCAUCAUGUGUUCUUGGUCCGAAACUGGGAAAAGAUCCAUCAGAAGCAGGAGGAAGUAAAACAUACCCGUGACAUCCACUCAGCAUCAUUGUACACCAGGUGGAAUGGCAUCUGUAGGGAUGACGGGAACAUUAAGUCUGAUGUCUUCAUGACCCAGUUCUCUGCCCUACAGACAGCUAGAUCUGUUCGAACAAGACGCUUGGCAGCUGCAGAGGAAAACCUGGAAGUGGCUCGGGCAGCACGCCUAGCACAGAUCUUCAAAGAAAUCUGUGAUGGCAUCAUCUCCUACAAAGAUUCUUCUCAACAAGCUCUUGCAGCUCCACUUUUGAAUCUUCCCCCAAAGAAAAAAAACGCUGAGUAUUAUGAGAAGAUCUCUGACCCCCUGGAUCUCAGCACCAUAGAAAAGCAGAUUCUCAUUGGGUAUUACAAAACAGUAGAAGCUUUUGAUGCCGACAUGCUUAAGGUCUUUCGGAAUGCUGAGAAGUACUAUGGGCGUAAAUCCCCAAUUGGCAGAGAUGUUUGCCGCUUAAGAAAGGCCUAUUACAGUGCCCGGCAUGAAGCCUCGGCUCAGAUUGAUGAGAUUGUGGGAGAAACAGCCAGUGAGGCAGACAGCAGUGAGACCUCCGUCUCUGAGAAGGAGAAUGGGCAUGAGAAGGAUGAUGAUGUUAUCCGCUGCAUUUGUGGCCUCUACAAGGAUGAAGGCCUUAUGAUCCAGUGUGACAAGUGCAUGGUGUGGCAGCACUGCGACUGCAUGGGUGUGAACACAGAUGUGGAGCACUACCUUUGUGAGCAGUGUGACCCUCGGCCUGUGGACAGGGAGGUACCCAUGAUCCCUAGGCCCCACUAUGCCCAGCCCGGCUGUGUCUACUUCAUCUGUUUACUCCGAGAUGACUUGCUGCUUCGUCAGGGUGAUUGUGUAUACCUGAUGAGGGACAGUCGGCGCACACCUGAUGGCCACCCAGUCCGUCAGUCCUAUAGACUAUUAUCUCACAUUAAUCGAGAUAAACUUGACAUCUUUAGAAUCGAGAAGCUUUGGAAGAAUGAAAAAGAAGAACGGUUUGCCUUUGGUCACCAUUAUUUCCGUCCCCAUGAGACUCAUCACUCCCCAUCUCGUCGGUUCUAUCACAAUGAGCUGUUCCGGGUGCCGCUCUAUGAGAUCAUUCCUUUGGAGGCUGUAGUUGGGACCUGCUGUGUGCUGGACCUCUAUACAUACUGUAAAGGGAGACCCAAAGGAAUAAAGGAACAAGAUGUGUAUAUCUGUGACUAUCGGCUUGACAAGUCAGCACACCUUUUUUACAAGAUCCAUCGGAAUCGCUAUCCUGUCUGCACCAAACCCUAUGCCUUUGAUCAUUUCCCCAAGAAGCUCACUCCCAAAAGAGACUUCUCACCUCAUUAUGUCCCAGACAACUACAAGAGGAACGGAGGACGAUCAUCCUGGAAGUCUGAACGCUCAAAGCCACCCCUAAAAGACCUGGGACAAGAAGAUGAUGCUUUGCCGUUGAUUGAAGAGGUGCUGGCUAGUCAAGAGCAAGCAGCCAGUGAAAUGCCCAGCCCUGAGGAGCCAGACCAGGAAAGAGUCACUGGGGAUGUCAGUGAUGCUGAGAAGAAACCAGAGGAGAGUAGUCAAGAGCCCCAGCUAGCCAGCACACCUGAGGAGCGAAGGCACAACCAGAGGGAAAGGCUCAACCAGAUCUUGCUCAACCUCCUUGAGAAAAUACCUGGGAAAAAUGCCAUUGAUGUGACCUACCUGCUGGAGGAAGGGUCCGGCAGGAAACUGCGAAGGCGCACUUUGUUUAUACCAGAAAACAGCUUUCGGAAGUGACUCUGAAAAGGAUGAGAACCUCGAGCAUCUGGGAUCCAGCAGCACCAUCAAGUCCAGUCUCUUGCUCUCUGAACAUGGACUGGGGCAGAAAAGUUCUGUCCAGACAAGGGCAGUGGGGUCACAGAUCUGACAUGGUACUUAUAAACUCAGAGCUAGUGGAAAGGGAAGGGAAGGGAAGAAGGAAAGGAAAGGAAAGGAAAGGAAAGGAAAGGAAAGGAAAGGAAAGGAAAGGAAAGGAAAGGAAAGGAAAGGAAAGGAAAGAGGCUUGUCUGAGACGGUUGAGUGUACUUCUCUUUAGGCUUUACCUAAGGGUUAAUAGAGAGGAGGACCACAUUUGGAAUAGCCACAAGCUAUUGGUACUUUACAGCACUUGAUGCUCCUCACAGCUUGGGUUUUUUUGGGUUGCCCUCUGAUCCUGCAAGCACUAAGAAGCUGCUUCCUAUGACCAGGUGUAAAUUCAAAAUCCAAAGGGAAGGGUCCAGAUCCCAGCCCUAUCCCAUUUAUUCUCUUAGCUCUAAGAGCUACAUCAGAGACCUAAACAGAUAUAGUAGCUGAGGCCUCUCUUAAGUUCCUUUAACAGGAAAGAUCUUUCUUCCUUCUUGCCCAACCAGGUCAAAGUAAUAGAACAUGAAUCAGCUGCUCAGAGCACUUAGACGGCUGCCAUCCUCCCUACCUCUAUUUCCCAGAAUAGAGUCAAUAGAAUCAGGGAGGCGGAGAGGCCCCCGUGGGGUUAGAAGGGCAGUAUUUGUAAUUAUUUUUGGUUUACCCUUCAUAACCUGCCGAACAUAUUUUUUCCUACUGAGAAAGCCAAGCCCCCGCCAGCACACAUGCUGCUUCUCUUCCUGUGUGUCUGCUGUGCAACAAGAUUCACUUCAAAAAAAAAAGAACAACAGUUUUUAAAACUACAUAAAACCUCUAGACUUUUCCCCUAACAAAACUCACUACAGAACUGUUGAGCAGUGUUCACUAUCGGAGUGUUUGUUCUAAGUGUAGAUUACCGACUGAAAACACUACUCUUAUUUUCUUAGCUGUAUAGUUCCAGUGUCCAUCCCUCACAAGAGUCCAUUUCCCUUCCACCUUUCUGAAUGACUUCAUCAUCAGGAGGUAUAGCCAGGGUCACCUUCUCACCCAGUCUCUUGACCAGAAGUUACCAGACCAUACUGUCUCUUUACUAGUAAAAUUCAAAAAGCUUUGCUUUAUCUUCUCAGACAUACAUAUGCAUAUACAUUUUAGAUGUUCUUAUAAGAGAAAAGAUGGUUUUUAAAUGUGCCAAGUUAUGUGUGUGUAUAAAUAUAUAUAUGUGUGUGUGUGUGUGCGCGUGUGUGUAUAUAUAUAUGUGUGUGUGUGUGUGUAUAUAUAUGUGUGGGUACGAAUGAGCGCAUAUGUGUGUGUGGGGGUGGGUUCGCGUGUGUGCGUGUGUGUAUGCUGUGAGAUUGGUAAGCAAUACAUUAGUAAACACAUCUUCAUUACUCUUUUCCGAUACUGGACCAAUGAUGUCCUAACUGUACAUUUCCUUCCCCUUAUGAUGACGACGCUCUGACUCAUUUAGGUAGAAACAUUUGACCACCUUUCAUUCCAUUGAUUUUCUUUUUCUCCUUUCUGUGUUAUUCUUAAGGGAAAAAAGAGAGAGAGAAAGAGGGGGAUGGCAUAGAUCCCCUUGAGCAGAGAAAAAGCAAAAUAUUUUAUUAAAGAAAAAAAGAGAAAUUAAGAAAAUAGUUUGGAGUAUUUUCUUACUGUAGAGAAGCAUUGUACAUUGCCACGAGACCUGGGUAGAAGAUGCUCAUGGUGGCGCUGGGGAGCGCAUGUCCAAGCCCAUUGGAGUGGUUUCUUUUGUUUCUCAUUGCAGGGAGUGGGUGGGAGGGAGGGAGGGAGGACUAAGGGCACUUUGGGGGUCUCCUUUUAGUCAAAAGCAAGAAAAUGACAAGAAAGAGAUUAAAUUCAAUGUUUUCCUUUAAUAGUGUUAAACACUAAAAUUUUAAAAUAAGAAAGAAAAAACUUUGUAAAACGCCAAGAACAGAAGCAAAAGACACUACGCUGUCAUUUUUAUCUUUCUUUUGUUGAAAGAUUAAAAACUGAAAUGUUUUUUAGACAAUCAAAUGUUAGGUAAGUGCAAAAAACUUGUUUUUCUUACUGGUGUAGAAAUUAAUGCCUUUUUUAUUUUUCAGUUAUUUUAUAAUAACAGAAUAAAAACAACCCCCAGCUGCCAGGUGGGUUUUGGUGUUGGAAAUGCGGGGCAAAGCACUACAUCACUGCAAAUAGAUCCAGAGUUAGUCUGCAUGUCUGUAGGCUGUGUGAUUGCGGAAAAUAUAAAUGCUGCUAAUAUAUUUCCUUUUUACAGAAAAGCAUAUCUAAAUAGAUGAUUGUUUUGAUGUUAAUCUUUGUAAAUUAUGUAUUACCAAUUUUAACAUUGGAUGUAAUUGCAUAAAGGCUUGCAUCUCAAUCCUUGAAAGUCUAGCAUUAAAUGGAAACAACUUUUCCUAA